ACCAAGCAAAACAAACUUUCUUCUUUCUCUCAAUACUCAUGGAGUGGGUUCGCGGAGAACAAAUCGGCCAUGGAAGCUUCGCCAAAAUCAGCAAAGCAACACCCACAAAAUCAUCUUCUCAAUUCCCUCCACUAAUGGCCGUCAAAUCCUCGGAAGCUUGUUGUUCAUCUUCGUUGAAGAACGAGAAGCGAGUGCUCGAUACGAUUGGACUUUGCCCCCAAAUCAUUCGAUAUUUCGGCGAAGAACAGAGCGUCGAAAAAGGCGAGGAGUUCCACAAUCUUUUAAUGGAGUACGCCUCGGGAGGAAGCUUGGCAGACAGAGUCAAGAGCCAGGGCGGUCGUUUGUCGGAAUUGGAAAUUCGCCGCCACACGAAAUCGAUACUAAAAGGGCUUUCAUUCAUUCACUCGAAAGGAUUCGUCCACUGCGAUAUUAAGCUUCAGAACAUCCUUGUUUUCCAAAACGGAGCCGCCAAGGUCGCCGAUUUCGGGCUCGCGAAAGAGAUGGCGACGAAAGUCAACGAGUGUGAGAUAAGAGGAACUCCUCUGUACAUGUCGCCGGAGUCGGUAAACGACAACGUUUAUGAAUCGCCGUGCGACGUUUGGGCUCUCGGAUGCGCGGUGGCGGAGAUGGCGACCGGGAAGCCGGUGUGGGACCACAAGGCGGGGGCGAGUGUUUGGCCGUUGUUGAUCAGAAUCGGCGGAGAAGAAGAGCCCGCAAUUCCAUCGGAUUUUUCCGAGGAAGGGAAGGAUUUUCUCAGAAAGUGUUUCCUUAAAGAUCCGGCGGAGAGAUGGACGGCUGAGAUGCUUCUAAACCACACGUAUUUCAAAAGACGAGUACAGAGAUUGAACCCUGUACUCAACUCUGUACUCAGCCUGGCAGAAAAGUGCCCAAAGAGUGGUAACGCGAUAAUCGAGGCUCGCGUCAAUUCACUCCUCCGUGUGAUCCCUGUCCACUGUCUCCUCUCUCCCUCUCCUGAUCUCUUUCCCCCCCAAAAUCUGCCAUAGAUUUAGACACCAAAACCUCCAAACUCUCACUACUCAUUUCCUCUUGUUUCCCUCUCUAGACGUUUCCAAUGGCGUCUUCUUCUCUCAAGCUUUUCUGUUUCUGUUUCUUCCUAACAAUCUUCGUCACCUUGGGAAGUUCCUCUUUAACUCAGCUCGACGACACGAGCUUGAAGCUGAUGAGCGACGCCAUGGAGUGGCCGACGACAAUGUUGCUCUACGACGAGCUCGCCGACGGCGACUUCGUCGACCGGAGAUCUCUGUUCUGGAGAGGUACGACGAGGUACUACAUAUCGUACGGAGCUCUGUCGGCGAACAAAAUCCCUUGCCUGCCUCGCUCCGGCAGAUCUAACUACACCCACAAUUUCUUCAAAGCCAGAGGCCCAGUUCACCCACCAGAGGUUGCUCCAGAAUCACUCGCUGCCGACGCUGAUUUUGAUGUCGUUUGUUGUCUUUUCUCUUCUUAUUUAUAUAUAAUAAUUUUCGUAUGUAUAUAUCUGAGUUUGUGUCGUUUCUCUUUGUUGAGAUGAGGAAUGAAAGUAGUAUCAGUGGUGAUUAUGUUAUGGAAGGUACAAUUUUGUUGCUGUGAAAGUGGACGUAAGAUAAGGUCAUGUAUUGUUGGUAUCUUUGCAAUGUGAUAUUAGACAAUGUGUUCAUAGAUUUG